CCGGCACCAGCAGCAGCAGCAGCAGGCUACAACGCAUUGCACGACGCUCUCGAUCGCGGGUGGCUGUGUUCGCUUCCUCCUUUGGCGGGACAAUCGUCGUCUUUUGUUUACGCGCCGCGCGGUAGUGUUUGUUUGGUGUGUUGUUCGUUCGUGACGCAGUAGAUUUUCGCGGGAUUUUGUGCUUUUUCUAUAUACAGGGAUGUUAAAAUCGAAAAAAAAGGUUUAAAUCAGUGAUGGUCCAUCGAGUGGAGGCUGCAGGACGGUGUGUUGCGAACCAAAAUGGAGGGAGGAGUUUGGAAUAGGUUUCAGUUCCAGUGAAUUUAACGAAGACAGUGCAAAACUCGACAAUUGACUUAGAGCUGGAAAACUUAUUUUCGGCGAAAAUAUUCAGCAAAAUUUUCCCUCUCUAUCUCGAGUCUAAUUGACUUCAAAUUCGGCAAAAGCCUGGGAAAUACAAUCAAGAAAAUGGAGAGCAACUCCGUCUCGCCCAUGCCGGAACAAAACUCCCAAGCUCCGAUGGCGGAAUUCGAUAAAACUCCCCCCACCCCACCGGAGGAUACUUUGCCUAUGGAGGAUCUGCCUCCUCCCCCCACCACUGUUACAGUGCAGGAGGAGAAGGAGAAGGAAGCCCAAGCUGAAAUACAUCGACACUACGAAGAUGAAAACGAAUGGAGCUGUGGCAGCUGGCUUGAAUACACGGUGGUCGUCGUUUUGGCCAGCGUACUAUUACUGGGUUCCUUGGGAUUGACCUUGUUCUGGGUGUUUCAAUACCGAGGUGGAUUCGCUUGGAGAGAAAAUCCAGCCAAGCAGUUCAAUCUUCAUCCGGUACUGAUGGUUGCCGGGUUUAUCACAUUCAGUGGAUUCUCUGUGCUCCUCUACAGGAUAUGCAGAUGCUGCAGAAGGAUAUAUGUCAAACUGCUCCAUACGGUGUUCCAUGCGUUGGCGAUACCCUGUGUGGCCAUUGGAUUUUUGGCAGUGUUGGACUCCCACAACCUGGCUCAGCCACCAAUUCCCAAUUUCUACUCGUUGCACAGCUGGAUAGGAUUGGUAACUAUGGGAUUAUUUGCCAUACAAUUUGUCGUCGGCUUCUUCAGUUUUCUGAUCCUGCUCUGCUGCGAGGGGGCCACAGCAGGCUUUAGGUCAGCUCUGGUGCCCAUUCAUGCCUCCUUCGGCCUGACUACGUUCAUGCUGGCCAUCGCCGCUUCUGUGUCCGGCCUCACCGAAAAAGCACUCUUCUCCUUACCGGACACGUACUCUCAAUGGAUCGAAGAAGGCAUCGUUAUCAACGCUUUGGGAGUCUCACUCAUCGCCCUGGGCAUACUGGUAUCGUUCGCUGUUCGCAGUCCCACACUCAAAGCUGGUUCGAAGGUUGACGUAUCUGACCGCAUAUAGGAAGAAGCGCCCCCAUGCGCCAAAGCCUCGGAAUCAAACGCAACUGUCACCACAGUGGCGCCCAAUGAGCCUGAACGUUUUUGAACCAUCACGGUAGGGUCUGAUUGCAUCACUAAAUUCUAGGUCUGCUUUUCAGUUGCAUUUCUAUAUAAAAUGAAAACUCCAAACUAUAUGUAUCUGUAUUUUUUUCUGUAUUGUACUGUGUAACUCAUUAUUAUUGAUAGUGAUCUGCGUUAAGCAAAAAAUAUCAAUUUUUCCUAGUUAAGUUUGUAGAUAAGACAGCAAGAUUGUAAGAAGGAAAACAAUACUAAGAUAUAAUAUGAGAUCUCGAAAUCGUUUAUAAGUUUCUUCAGAAAUGGAAUAUUUUUGACUGUUUACUGUAAUAUUUAACUGCCAAAUUUUAUUAUAAAAAUUAUUACUCUUGUGAUUUGAGUAAUACUCUCUGAUAUUAGUAUGGCUUUAUGAUCUGUUAAUGUUAGUUGUUAAGUGUUAUUUAUCAAUUAAUAUACUUUUCUUCAGACCCUGCCUAAGAAAUUAGUUGUAAAUUGUGUUCAGUUGCAUCCUUCUGAGGUAUUUCUGGUUUCUUUACAUCUUUCAUUUCUAUGUUGUGAUAAUUUUGCAUAGCUCUUAGAAAAGACAAUUUGAUGAUAUUCUUGAAAUUAAUCAAAAAUCAAACUGAUCAAAACUAUCGAUGACUUAUUGCUUGUGAGUUAAAAAGUAAAUCAAAAUAAUUUCAGUUGAUAUGGAAAAAGGAGGUCCUGUUAAUCAAAUACAGUAUUAGAUUUAAUCUGCAACGAUAUACUUUCAGAAUAAAUUAUAUUAGAUUGAUCCAUGUAAAUUAUUGCCAAAAUUACGUAGUAGGUAUAUAUGUGUAGAUCAUUAGAAUAUAUAGAUUUUAAUGUGGAGUAAAUAUAAAGUAGUAGUAAUUUAAAAUUAAUUCCAUAAUGGUAUCUUCUUGAUGUACAAUUUGUUAGGGUAAGUCAGCGACUUCAUAAAGUAGAAUGUUGGAGAUUCUCGAUAAAUUGUUUAAUGUUGAUAUGAGUGAAAUAAAAAUGAAGCAUAUUUAUAAGGAUUAAAUGACUUAUCUGUAAGGAAAUUCAACCCAAAUUAUACGAAAUCGGACACGCCCUUCUAUAUAACCCUGUAGGGUGUGAUCUAGGAGGGCGUGUCCAAUACAAGUAUAAUUAAAUACACAGUCGUGUGUGUGUUGAUUUACCCAGUAUCAGAUUGUAUAUCAAAUAAGAACUUAUUAAUAUAUCGCAUUUCGGUGUCCAUAGCGCAUUCAUGUGUAUAAAUCAUUGAAUAAUUUUAUAGUAUUCAGAUUUGUAUGCCAUAUAUAUUCAAGCUCAAAUAAUAUAGCCCAAAUAUUAUAACGAUUACUACGAACUAAAUUUCCUUUAUGUUCAGUGUUUUGACCGAUUAGCAAUAUAACAAACCUAUUUAAUCUGUAAAAUUAUAUUGACGUUGACUAUUUCAAUUAUGUAUGUAUUGCAGUUAGGCGGUAAUUGACGUUUAGUGUGUUUCAAUUUGAAAUUUUAUUAAUUGUUAUUGAGUAAUGUCGUUUUUAAACUUCUAUAAGGUUUAAGUAAGUCGAGUACAAUUUUAUUAUGGACCAAUAAAAAAUAAACUUGAUGUAGUACCGCAAAUCAAUCAUUUACAAAUUCCAUGUUUUUUUUAUAAAGGAGUUACCAAAAGUUUGAUCAAAAAUAGAAAAUACAUGAAAAUAUCAAAAACAAUAAUUUGCAAGCUACAUCAAGUAAAUUUUCGAUAACUGAGCAUUAGUUGUUGCAAGAGUAAGAUAAACCAUUUGACAUAAUGUUUUGUUUCUUGUUUUUUCUAUAGAUUUUGUUACCAUACCUAAAUGAAUAAUGUUUACAUUUUGUUACCUAAGUAUAACUUUAGGUAGGUAAUUAUGGUUGAUAUAGAAUAAUAACUGUAUUUCAACUAUUUACAGGUUUUAAAUAAAAUUAUUUAAUCAUGA